UCUCACUCACGCCCCCCUGCUCUGCUACAGUGCCAGUGCCAGUGCCGUAUAUUACUCCGCCGCAGACCAAGAACCAACCGCACCGCCGGACGACGGCGAGCCCCAUCCGCCCUCUUCCACACCUCUCAUCCCCCUCCCAGGCAAGCUCCUCACCGCCCCCCUUGGCCUCCGCCGGCUAGCCAUCGAUCCGCUCCUUCCGGACUCCCCCCCUGAUCUCAGAUCCGCUUCCUAGCCCACGAUCCCCGACUGCCUAGCGACCUAGCCAAGCUGGUCCAGAAUGGCGGCAUAUCAGUGCGAGCUUUCUUCAGCCAUCGUGGCCGAAUCCGAGGACAGGUCGUUCGUGUUCAAGGUGCGUGUAUACUCAAGGGCCAAGCAGCUGCUCAAGUGCGGCGAGUGCGUCACCUCGCCCCCGUUCACCGUCCAAGGCCACGACUGGGUGCUCAUGUAUUACCCCAACGGCCGCUUGGCAACAGGUGCUGCUGCAGGUUACAUGUCCCUGGUUCUUGACACCGCCGACGGCAAGGAUGUGACCGUCAAAGCCAGGAACAUCAGCGUGCUUGACAAGAAUGGCCUGCCAGGCCGCUACUACGGCACCAUGUUUGAAAACAUCAUGUUUGAGACGCCUGUCUCCUUCACCAGCAGAAAUUCGUAUCUGUGCCUCAUGGUCAGGAAGGCAGGCUUGGAGCACUCAGGGGACAUAAUAGAGGACUCUUUCAGCAUCAGAUGUGAUCUCACUCUCAAGGAUAUCGGCGAGCAGUUUGUCGUGGUCCCUCCGAGCGACAUGCAUCUGCAUUUCGGCAGCCUUCUGGAGAGCAUGGAUGGAGCCGACGUCGCCUUUCUUGUCGGCGGGGAGAAGUUCUCGGCUCAUAGGCUCGUGCUUGCUGCCAGGUCAUCCGUGUUCAGGGCAGAGCUCCUCGGCGCCAUGAAGGAGAAAACCGACAGCCUCAUUGAAAUCAGUGACAUGGAACCUCAUGUGUUCAGGUCCCUGCUCCAUUUCAUAUACACCGACUCGCUGCCUGAUCUUGAGAUUGAGAUGGCCAGCGAGCAAGGUGAAGCACAUGGAGGAGAUGUGGUGAUGGCUAGCCAUCUACUCGUGGCAGCAGACAGGUACGACAUCGAGAGGCUGAAACUGAUAUGCGAGCACAAGUUAUGCAGCCACAUUGAUACCAACAUGGUGGCGACAAGUCUGGCCUUGGCCGAGCAGCAUAGGUGCCAUGGGCUUAAGGUAGCUUGUCUACAGUUCCUUGCUUCUCCUUCCAAUUUGGAGGCCAUGAUGGCGAGUGAUGGCUAUCAGCAUCUCAAGAGGAGUUGCCCAUCUGCCCUUAAGGACCUAAUUGCUAGUCUCCUGCCGGUCACAAUGAAAGCGGCCAAGGAUAUUAUCAUGGAAAUUUAAUUUACUAGCUAGCGUGGCUCCGCAUCUAAAUUAGGUAAGUAUAUAAUGUGCAUGUUUCAUCUUACUAGUUCUCUAGGUAUGGUCGGAUGUGUGCAUCUAUCUAUCUAUCUAUCUAUCUAUCUAAGACUGUAAUGCAAGUACAAUGGGACUGAUAGCGAUAGGGUAUCGCCAAUAUAUUCUAUUUGCUGAGAUGAGAUGCA